AUGGCGAAAGCAAGAGGAGGAAUCACGAACGCAGUAAACGUAGGAAUCGCUGUGCAAGCAGAUUGGGAGAAUCGUGAGUUCAUCUCCCACAUCUCUCUCAAUGUUCGUCGUCUCUUCGAGUUCCUCCUCCAAUUCGAGUCGACCACAAAGAGCAAAUUGGCAUCAUUGAAUGAGAAGUUGGAUCUUCUGGAAGGUCGCUUGGAAAUGCUUGAGGUGCAAGUUAGUACCGCCACAGUUAAUCCUUCCCUCUUCGCUACCUGA